AUUGAUCUCUCUCGGUAUCACCGAGCUUCGAGACUAUCUAGAGCCAGCCUUCAAGUCGGCAUUCACGACCACGACCACGCUUCUGCAGGGGGCUGGACCGAGAUGAGCGACUAUGCUCAUCGUCCCGGAGGCAAGUUGAAGCUGAAGGGCGAAGGCGAAAAGAAGAAGAAGAAGAAGUCUCAUUCCUCGAGUGAUAGAGCAAAGGUGGACGCUGAGAUCUCACAAAAGGAGAAGGAGAGAGAGAGGGAGACUCAGGAAGUUGAAGAGAGACCAACAGGUCGGAAGAUGACUGAUGCGGAGAGGCGUUUCGAGGAGAUCCAAAGGAAGAGGCGGGAGGAGAGAGCGUUGAAGAACGCCAAGAUGUCGCACAAGGACAGGGUGCAGGAGUUUAACCAGAGGUUGGACUCGUUGAGUGAGCACCAUGAUAUGCCAAGAAUUGGACCUGGAUAAGAUGCAAACCAGUGUCAUGAGCCCCUUAAUAUUUACCAUACGGGAUUGUACAGGUGUGUUGCAGUGUACCGGUAUGUAUGCAGUAGCAAAGAUG